CCAGCCGAAUUACCAUUUGCUACAUUAAAGAAAGCAUAUGAUAAAGAGUGUGAGAGGUUUCGAACUAACAACAAUGGUAAAGUUGUAACAAAGUAUACGUUCGCUAAAUUAUUAGGACCAUCCUAUAUUGCAGCCUAUACGCCUACCGCAAUAUGCAAUGCCUUCAAGACCACUGGAAUUUGGCCAUUAAACCCUAGUGCAAUUGGUCCUGAUCGUCUAGAUCCUUCAUUACGUACCAAUAUUCCACAAUUAGCUCCAACUUAUACACGCCUCACCAAAGCAAACCCUACUAAAAAAGAGCUAUUAUCAGAAAUUAGGUUGCUAAAUGAGAGGGUUGAACGAUUGGAAGAAGAACUUGAACCCCUCAAUAACCCUGGUACAAGUCCUUUGUGGAAGAUACUUAAAUAUCCUUUGCGCCCCAACCUACCAACUAAAGAUCCGGAAGAUAACAAGGAGCAAUCUGGAGCCUAA